CUGAUGGCCGGAGAGAUGACGAUCUUAGGUUCCGCUGUCUUGACUCUCCUGUUGGCUGGCUACUUGGCACAACAGUAUUUACCACUGCCAACUCCAAAAGUGAUUGGCAUUGACCUGGGUACCACCUACUGUUCCGUCGGUGUAUUUUUUCCUGGAACAGGGAAAGUAAAGGUGAUCCCAGAUGAAAACGGGCAUAUUAGCAUCCCCAGCAUGGUGUCCUUCACUGAUGGCGAUGUGUAUGUGGGCUAUGAAAGCCUAGAGCUGGCAGACUCCAAUCCUCAGAACACAAUAUAUGAUGCUAAAAGGUUCAUAGGUAAGAUUUUCACCCCUGAAGAGCUGGAGGCUGAAAUUGGCAGAUACCCAUUUAAGGUUUUACACAAAAAUGGAAUGGCUGAGUUUUCUGUGACAAGUAACGAAACCAUCAUUGUUUCUCCGGAGUACGUCGGCUCUCGAUUGUUGCUGAAGCUAAAGGAAAUGGCAGAGAAAUACCUUGGAAUGCCGGUUGCCAAUGCUGUCAUUUCUGUGCCAGCAGAAUUUGACCUACAACAGAGAAAUUCAACAAUCCAAGCUGCCAACCUUGCUGGACUGAAGAUCUUGAGGGUAAUAAAUGAACCGACAGCAGCAGCGAUGGCCUAUGGUCUCCACAAGGUUGAUGUCUUCUACGUGUUAGUCAUAGACCUGGGUGGAGGAACUCUUGAUGUGUCAUUACUGAAUAAACAAGGAGGAAUGUUUCUAACACGCGCAAUGUCUGGAAACAACAAACUUGGAGGACAAGACUUCAAUCAAAGGCUGCUUCAGUAUUUGUAUAAAGAGAUCUAUCAAACAUACGGCUUUCUCCCUUCUAGGAAAGAGGAGAUCCACAGAUUAAGACAAGCAGUGGAAAUGGUCAAGCUAAACCUGACGCUUCAUCAGUCUGCCCAGGUAUCAGUAUUACUCACUGUAGAGGAAAACGACAGCCAGAAACCUCAGAAUGCUGACUCUAAACUUCCAGAAGACCAGCUUACCCCAGGGGAUGGUCACCAUGUGAACAGGGUGUUUAGACCUGGCCUUUCUGACAGCACGAGUGGAAAAAGUCAGGUUUUGUUUGAGACAGAAGUAUCCCGCAAGCUCUUCAACACCCUCAAUGAAGAUCUCUUUCAGAAAAUACUCGUACCCAUUCAGCAAGUAUUAAAAGAAGGCCUCUUAGACAAGACUGAAAUUGAUGAGGUGGUUCUAGUUGGGGGUUCUACUCGCAUUCCUCGGAUCCGCCAAGUUAUUCAGGAGUUCUUUGGAAAGGACCCGAACACGUCUGUAGACCCUGACCUGGCAGUGGUGACGGGAGUGGCCAUCCAAGCUGGGAUUGAUGGAGGGUCCUGGCCUCUCCAAGUUAGUGCUUUAGAAAUUCCCAAUAAGCAUUUACAGAAAACCAACUUCAACUGAACUCUGAGGGAGUGCUGGUAACUGAUUGUGUCUAGUGGUGUUAAUGAUUUCCAUGUGAACCUCCUCCAGAAAUGAAGGCCAUGAAGUCACUCAUGGAUUCAUGAGAGGACAUUUAUACAUGACAACUUUACAUAGUAUUUUGUUUUAGAAUUGAAUAUGACCAGAUGAGUCUUGAUUGUGUUUGUAAAAAA